UUAAAACCGUUGGAUCUCACGGCACACGCAUCUUGGAGCAUGACAGAGAUCGAAUAAUCCCCUUCGUCGCUCAGUAAUCUCAAAUGUUAGUUGCAGGCCCUUCUCCUGCCUCUGCGCGUCAGACUCAUCCGAUGGAGGGCGAGAAAUGAAAACGUGUUAAAAUGGAUUUCAUUGAAUGGUAAUGCUUGUCAUCCACUAAUGCUAGUGCCCACAAACAACACUGAACUGUUUGACUGAUGCUGGCUGUCUGUUUUGAAUUAAGAAGGUCUAAUAUGAUGGGGAGCCUCUCUCGAAGUUCAUCUAUGAAAAAAUCACAUGAAAGCACCAGGCUUGUUGUUACUACUGUUCUAGGAGUUCUUUUUGGAUUUUUUCUUGGACUUUCAUUCCCAUUUCUGUCCAUCUCCAAGCUCAGUUUAAUUCCAAAUCUUACUUCGGCCACUGAUUUGACCUUCGUUGAUGAAAGUAGGCCUCAGCAGGUUAAGCAUGCUAUGACAUCAAGUUCUAAUCUAGACAUGAAUAUAACUUCUGAUGAUCAUGGAUCAGGUGAUUCUACAAAGAUAUAUGUACCAACAAAUCCUCGUGGAGCUGAGCUAUUACCUCCAGGAAUUAUUGUUCCUGAAUCAGAUUUCUAUUUGCGCAGACUCUGGGGUGAUCCUAAUGAGGAUCUUACUACUCGGCAAAAAUAUUUAUUGACAUUCACUGUGGGAUUUGACCAGUGGAAAAAUAUUGACAAGGCUAUUAAGAAGUUUUCUGAAGAUUUCACUAUCUUGCUCUUCCACUAUGAUGGCCGCACAAGUGAGUGGGAUCAGUUUGAGUGGUCAAAGCGUGCCAUUCAUAUCAGUUUGAAGAAGCAAACAAAAUGGUGGUACGCAAAACGUUUUUUACAUCCAGACAUUGUGGCGUCUUAUGAUUAUAUAUUUAUUUGGGAUGAAGAUCUUGGAGUAGAACACUUCAAUGCAGAGAAAUAUCUUGAAUUAGUGAAGAAACAUGGCUUGGAGAUCUCACAACCAGGUCUAGAGCCGGAUAAAGGGUUGACAUGGGAAAUGACCAAACGUAGAGGUGACAGUGAAGUCCACAAGGAAACUGAAGAGAAACCUGGUUGGUGUCCUGACCCACAUUUGCCACCUUGUGCAGCUUUUGUGGAAAUUAUGGCACCUGUCUUUUCAAGGAAUGCAUGGCGUUGUGUGUGGCAUAUGAUUCAGAAUGAUUUGGUACAUGGAUGGGGACUGGAUUUUGCAUUGAGAAGAUGUGUGGAGCCUGCUCAUGAGAAGAUUGGUGUUGUUGACUCAGAGUGGAUUGUUCAUCAAGUUAUCCCUUCUAUUGGAAACCAAGGAGAGAGUGAUGAUGAUAAAGCAUCCUGGCAAGGGGUCAGAGAGAGGUGCAAAUUUGAGUGGUCGCAGUUCCAAUCUCGACUAGCAAAUGCUGAUAAGAGGUUCUUUGCUGGACUAGGAAAAGGUUGAUUAGAGUUUAUUUUUUUUUAAAAAAAAAUUCUGGAUUUUCUUUCCGGCCUCUCGCUCAUUAUCUGUGCAUUCCUUCAUCCUCUCAUCUGAAUCCUGUUGAAAAGAGAACAAAAAAUCCAAAAAUUCUGAGUGUUGUGUUUUAUUUUGGAUUAGUUACAGUGAUAUGUUGAUGCUAAGAUGUGCAGUUAUUGAUUUGGUGGCCACCCCUACCUGGCCCUGGCGCCUGGGCCCAGCGCUGGGGGAGAUCACCAAAAAAGAAAAAAAAAACUUAUUUUCUUGUUUAUGUAUAAGCUAUCAUUUGUUUAGCACAUUUAAUGUUGAUGGUGUUAUUAUUUGAGCUUUGUAAUUUCAUAACGAGUAAUUCUUUGUUUUGAUUCCUGCUCUCUAGUGGGUUAAGAUAA